AUGAAAAAAAACAUUUAUAAGCCUUCAUUAUAUCAUAACAACAAACCACAAACUGUAAUAACAAAAGUUUUUAAUAAACCUUUUGGUAAAUUUGAAAUCAAAUAUAGAUGUAAUGGACAAGAAAUAAAAAAUCUUAAUUCUCAAUCAUCAAAUUCAGGUUAUUUUGAUCAUGACAAUAAUUUGUGUGAAGAUUUAGAAAGAAAUCUUGUUGGUUUAAAAAACAAUACAUUAAAACUUUCUUCUAUUAAUAAAAUUAAUAACGAUGAAAAUAUUAAACAUACAAAAGAUAUUGAAUUAACUGAAAUAUUAAAAACUACAACUCUUGAAAAAAUUUAUACUUCACCGUCUGAAAUAUAUGAAAAUAUAAAUUGGAGUCCUCAUUUAAAAAAUGUUUUUAACGACAGUAAUCUUUUAAAAGUUUUGACCAAGUUUAAAUUAUCAAUAAAUAUUUUGGAAAGAAUUACAAUGAAAAAAAAUAAUAAUAGUUAUCAUUAUCGUAAAACUUUUCUUUCUCAGAAAGCUAUUAAUGAUUUGGUUUUUAAUGCAAAUAAAUCUAAUGAUAAUGGUUUUUGUGAAAUGAAAAAAAUUUUAUUUGUGGUUAUAAAACAUUACCUUAUUUGUUAUAAAGAAAAUAUUGAUGGAGUUAGUUUUUUAAAAUUUAAUAAAAACAAAUUGUUAAAUAUUCUUUCAAAACCAUUACCAUUUUCAAUAAGAAAUUUUUUAUUUAUAUAUCUUAUCUUAGUGGCAUCAUGUAAAAAUUCAAAAGAAAAAUAUAAUAUUGAUUGUAUACCAACUAUAAUAUUAAUUUUACAUAAUAUUAUUAUGCCAAAUUUUGUUGGAUUAUCAAAGAAAGAAUUAAAGGAAAAUAUAUCAGAGAUGGGUGAUUGUAAAUUUAGAAUAAUGGUAAACAUAUUUAAAGAUGAAUAUUGUAAUUCAGUUGCAGCAGACGGUUUAGUACAUCAAAUGGUAAUUAAAAUGAAUAAUUUAUUGAAAGCUGAUAAUAAUUCAAAAUAUCUAAUUGACAAAAAAUUAACAUUAGAAUUUGGUGUAGUUAUUUAUUGCCUUUUACCACAAUUUUCAUGGUCUAUCAAUACAUAUGAUAUAGAAUUUUUAUUUAUUGGUUUAGAAAUAUGUGAUAAGUUUGAAAGUAUUACAGAAGCAUUGAAUUUAUUUUUUCAUCGUAAAAAAGCAAUAUCAAAUAUAAAAUUACCUUAUUCAAUAAAUGUGGUAAUAAAUAAAUUAAGUGAAAUUGUAUUAUCUCUUGGUGAGAGAAUAUUAGAAACACAAUAUUUUAAAACAUUUUAUGUUGUACUUAAAAAUUGGCUUAAAAUUAUCAAUGAUAACUAUGAUUUAAUUAAAGGAAGUAAAUUAGGACAAAGUUUUCGUAAUAUAGAUUAUUAUAUGAAACGAUACAAAUUACUCAUUGAAGAAUAUGAAUAUAAUGAAAAUAAUAGAAAUUAA